ACGAGGUGAGGAACAAAAGUAAAAGAAAAGCCAAACAAGGAUCCAGCUUCGAAGCGAAGGGAAGGAGAAGUCACGUGUACGACUAGAUCCGACGUUGUUCAAUCAAAACAUCAAUGGUCCCUAUUCACUCGUCACUCCUUCACUUCUACCCUUCUAGUCUUUAGAGCCGACCCUUAAACCUACCUUCCUUAGUAUAUCCAUUUAAUCUCCUCUCUCUCUCUAAUUCCACUUCAACAGGUGAUCGUAAACCCUAGCUCCCUCUAUUUCAAUCUCUUGUCUCGUAAUUUGUUUCUCCUUUGCUUCAGGUUUCUUGAAAAUGGCUGAAUCAAAAUCAGGAUUGCGAAAGCCUACAUUCACCAAGGUUGACCAGCUCCGCCCAGGCACAAGUGGGCAUACUCUCACUGUGAAGGUUGUUAGUACAAAGAUGGUCUUGCAGAAGGGUCGUGCUGAUGGUCCCCAAAUGCGCCAGAUGCGAAUUGCUGAAUGUUUGGUAGGAGAUGAAACAGGAAUGAUCAUCUUUACAGCUAGAAAUGAUCAAGUGGACUUGAUGAAAGAGGGAGCUACUGUAACCCUUCGCAAUGCAAAAAUUGACAUGUUCAAAGGAUCGAUGAGACUUGCUGUGGACAAGUGGGGACGCGUUGAAGUAUCUGAACCUGCCAGCUUCAGUGUGAAUGAGGAUAACAAUCUAUCACUGAUUGAAUAUGAACUUGUUAACGUUGUUGAAGAGUGACUUAUCUGUGCAGUGUUGCCAGCUUCACUAGAUGGUGAUCUGAGAAUAAAAACAACUCCAGCAAAGCAAAUUACUGUUACUGGACAUGUCUUGUCCAAAAUGCAUGUGAAGUUCACUUCUAGGAAGAGGAAAUCUGGAAGCUAUUUCUGCACUAGUUGCUUUUACCUUGACGGCCAAUCCAGCACAACCCUUUGAUUGGACUUCCAAACAGAUGGUGAUAGCUGUAAGAAUCGAUGAGUCAAAGCAGCUGCCUUUAGAAACUUGGUUUGGUUUGUUUGCUACCUAUUUUUUUUUUUUGGACAGUAAUCGAACUUACGUGCGCUAUGUGAUCACAGAUGUCAAUCUAUCAAGUGUAUGUUGCUGUACUCGGUUGUUAUGGUUCUUGAAGCGUUAAUCUUUCUGCAUUAACUACCA